CAAAAACAAUGUUUUGAGUUGGGUUUCACGCACCCUGCGGUUUCCUCCUGCCGUUUCAUCUCUGUUCGUCUCCGCCUCCACGAUUCGUCUCCUCCAUCCACGAUUCAUCAGAGGUCACGUUUCGAAAGCUAAGUGAGAGAAGUUGGAGAAGCUUGCUAGUAAGGUAUGUCUUCAAAUUCCACCUCUUACUCUUCUAAUCUUUUACAAUUUUACUAGUUUGUAUGGUAUCAAUGUGAAUGUUUUGCUAUUUACUAGCUUUAAUAUAGUAGCUAGGGAAACAUUGGCCCUGAAAAAUGCUUUGUUUUCGUAGCGGUAAAGAUAAAGGUGAAUGGAUUGAUGAAGACAAAAUAAAAGAAUUAACGGACCAAUGGAAAGGUGAAAAGUGGCAAAUUAUUUCUAAGAUUAAUACACAAAACUGAAAGUCUCAAGCUGGACAUAAUGUGCACAAUGGAGGAUCAAUUUCAGCCAGAGAACAUGCCAAAAAAAUGAGGAUGAAAUUGAAUAGAGAGCCAACCUGUUUUGAGGUUUAUCAGAGAAUGCAUAAACCAAAGGAAAAAUCAAAUGAGUGGUUUAACAAAGAACAAGCUCUGAUAGCUGAAAGUUACCAAACUAAAUUGUUUGAGAGAAAUUCUCAAAUAGGUAAGGGUAGUAACCAACAAUCUGAUGAUAGUAUAUACAUGGAAGUUGUUGGAGGCAUUAACAAGAAGGGACACAUAUUUGGAUUGGGAUCUCAAGCUGCCACUAUCAAAGAAUCUUUGAAAUUUUCUCCUUCAAUUUCUACUGAUGUGGUACGGUCAAAUAAAGUUGCUACUACGGAGGCUAAGAUUGAAGCAUUAACCGUUGAACUUGAGCAAAAGAAUCUUGAACAAGAAACGUUAAAACAAAAGAUGGAGCAUUGGGAGCAGAUUUUUGGAAGGUUUGUGCCUAGUAUUAAUCAAAACUCUCCGGUUCAACUUGAAAGAGAAGGUGAUAAUGAAAAUUAUGAGAUGGAUGCUAAUGAAAAUGAUGUGAUAGAUGAUGAAGAUUAGCUUUAGUUACUUUCUUUUAUGUAUUUUUGUUAAAUCAAUUGUAUGAAUUUUUGUGUCUUUGACAAUUUUAGGUUUGAUAUUAUAUUUAGUGCAGUAGUGGUGCAUUUGAUACUUUGUAAGAAUGACAUACAUUUGGUGUCAAUUGAAAUUUGA